AUGGAACAUGAACUCUCGCUGAAGGGAGAGACAGUUUAUAUCCAGGAACCAACCAACCAGGAUACAGGGAAUGAACCGCAAUGCGCCACUGCGCCACUGCAUCACGAAUACGUCACUGCGCCACUGUACCACGAAUACGCCACUGCGCCACUGCGCCACUACCACGAAUACGCCACUGCGCCACUGCACCACGAAUACGCCACUGCGUCACUGCGCCACUGUACCACGAAUACGCCACUGCGCCACUGCGCCACUGCGCCAAUGCAUCACGAAUACGUCACUGCGCCACUGUACCACGAAUACGCCACUGCGCCACUGCGCCACUGCGCCACUGCACCACGAAUACGCCACUGCGCCACUGCGCCACUGCAUCACGAAUACGUCACUGCGCCACUGUGCCACUGCACCACGAAUACGCCACCAAUCAGGAGGCCAGCAGCGUACUGCAAUGCACCGAGGCAAUGCGCAAAAUACGCCACCAAUCAUAAGGCCAGCAGCGUACCGCAAUGCGCCGGGCAAUGCCGCAGUCAGUUCAAAUCCUCUCACCUGUACACAUUUGGGUCCUGCAUAGAGCCUACCUGUCCGUUUAGGAAUAGUGCAAGGUGA